GGGCGUUGCAUCCGCUUGGUUACUAUGCAGUUGGCGCCCUUGGUUACCGCUAUUUUCCAACUAUUCGACGCUUUCUAAGGAUCUUUAAGAUACAUUUGAUUUUUUUCUCAAGAGAGACAUUCCAGAGAGACUUUAGUCUAUAACGGAAACUUGUCCAAGUGUCAGAUGUACAAUGGAGAAAGACCAAAACUGCGCUAUUGCAUUUAAUGCGUCCAAAAGGGAGCUGUUCACCUCUAAUAAUGGAUACAAGUCGAUGCAGAAGCGGCUUAGGUCUCAGUGGAAAAUCCAAAGCAGCAUAAAGGACGAACUCUCUGAGGAGAGGCUGAAAGGAGUGAAGCUGUGGGUUUCCGCUGGCCCAAGGGAGAAGUUCUUGGCAUCUGAGCUUGAGGUGCUGAAGCAUUACCUGGACAGUGGAGGAAACAUGCUGGUCAUGCUGGGCGAAGGAGGAGAAACGAAGUACGACACCAACAUAAACUUUCUCCUGGAGGAGUUUGGAGUCGUGGUCAAUAAUGAUGCUGUAGUGAGGAAUACUUACUACAAAUAUUUCCACCCGAAGGAGGCGCUGGUGUCUAACGGUGUACUGAACAGAGAAAUCAGUCGAGCGGCUGGAAAAGUGGUCACAGGAGUCAUCGAAGAGGAAAAUGUUGGAAACAAUUCACAGGCUCUGACGUUUGUGUAUCCCUAUGGAGCCACUCUGAACGUGAUCAAACCCGCCGCCGCCGUUCUGUCCACGGGUUCCGUCUGCUUCCCGCUCCACAGGCCCGUCCUGGCCUUCUAUCAGGGGAAGGAAUCUGGCAAACUGGCCGUCUCCGGCUCCUGUCACAUGUUCAGUGAUCAGUACAUAGACAAAGAGGAGAACAGUAAGAUCUUGGACGUCCUCCUUCAGUGGCUCAUGACUGACAAUAUUCACCUGAAUCAGAUCGACGCUGAAGAUCCGGAGAUCUCCGAUUACACCAUGCUGCCCGACACAGACUGGCUGUCUAAACGGCUCCGAUCCUGCUUGCAGGAGGGGGACGAGAGUCCCCGAAACUACACGCCCCUCUUCGUCAUGCCUCUGUUCAGUCUGUCCACAGACACUUUGCCUGAAGUCAUAAACGCCUAUAAGCAGCUGAAUGUCAAAAAAGAGCCGCUUCAGCUGAUCGCACCCCAGUUUGAAACCCCCCUCCCCCAGCUCCAGCCCGCUGUUUUCCCACCCGCCUUCAGCGACCUUCCUCCCCCCAUGUUAGACCUGUUUGAUCUUGAUGAAGCAUUUUCAUCGGAGAAAGUGCGCCUGGCGCAGCUGACCAAUAAGUGUACUGACGACGAUCUAGAAUUUUAUGUUCGCAAGUGUGGAGAAAUUCUUGGCGUCACACCCAAACUGGGCAAACAGGUGGACGCCAAACACAUCUUGGAGCACGUGUUUUUCCAAGUGAUUGAAUUCAAAAAGCUCAACCAGGACCACGAUGGAGACACAGAAGCCCGCCUGACUCCACCUUAACAGCUGUGUGGCUUUGAGAAGCAGCAUUGUAAAUGUUUUGUACAGUUUGUUAAAAUAUUUCCUUUUAUUUGGAUAAAUUUAAAAUAAACUUUGUUCUGAGAA